AAUCAUUUUUUAGGAUUAUUGCCAAAUCAUCCCCAUCCCACCAGAUUCUCCACUAUUUACUCCAAAAUAACCUCUUCCCACUAUUAUCAUUCACUUUCCUUCAUCUCCAAUCCUUUUAUAAAUUCAUAUCACCAAACAAUACUUCCAAUUAGUUCAUUAGCAAUGGCAGCAACAGUUGCAGAAACAUUUAACCCCAUCACCACAAUCUGCAAUCCUAAACCAACAAGAGUUUGUUUUUCAUAUGCAGCCUAUGCCAAAAAAGUCAUACAACACCUUAAAUCCUCAAAAAUAAUCGUCGAAAAAGGACUUUCAGAUAUAGAAUUCUCAACCAUUGAAUCAAAUUUCAAUUUCACUUUCCCACCUGAUCUUCAUUCUAUACUUCAAGAAGGUCUCCCCAUUGGCCCUGGAUUUCCAAAUUGGCGAUCAUCGUCCUUACAACAAUUAGAAAUCAUUAAGAAUCUACCAAUCUUGAGUUUAUGUAAAGAAGUGAAAAAACGUAAUUUUUGGUUUCUUGAAUUAUGGGGGACUAGACCAAUUGAUAAUGAUCAAGCUGUUGAUAAAGCAAAAGGGUUCUUGAAAAAAGCUCCUGUUUUGGUUCCCAUUUAUCAGCAUUUUUAUAUUCCUUGUACGCCGUGUUUGGCUGGAAAUCCUGUUUUUUACGUGCAUGAUGGGGAUGUUAAAUUAUGGAGUUUUGACAUAUCAGGUUUUUUCCAUCAAGUGGAAUUUCAGAGAAAUGAAAUGAUUUUAAGAAGACCAAGUUUGUUUAAUUUGAUGAACGCACCGGCAUGGACUGCGACCGAGGCGAGGAAAAUUGAGUUCUGGACGGAAAUGACGGAGAUGAGGAGGCGCGUGGAGGAUAUGGGGAGGCGCGUGGAUAAGAUGGGGCUGGGAGAGACUGCGCGUGGCGGCGCGUAUCACCGGAGGUGGUGGAGUGAGGAUCUAGAAGGGUAUUUAGAGGAGGUGUUUUUGAGCUUGAGGGAAGCAGGGUGGAAAGAAGAGGAUGUUAGAGAGAUGAUGAUGGUGGAGGAGGACGGCGGCGCGUGUGAUUCCGGGAAUGAUGGCGGCGCGUGUGUUGUAGACAAGAAAGGGGUGGAAACGCACGUGAGGUUGUUGUCGAAGAGGUUAUUACGUGCGGGUUGGAGUACGCAAGAUGUGGUGGACACUCUAGGGUCAUCUUAUGAGGAAAUUUAUAUCGAAGAGGAUUCUUGCAUUGAUUUUUAUCAUAAAACAAGUUAGUAAUGAUUUUUUGCAUUGUCUAGGGCUGUGUAAAGCAUACAAUAUAAUCAGAUAUCGGUCUAGGAAUUGUUAGUAUGCCUCAUUUUUGUUAGGGUAUAAAUUAGGUGAAAUUAUACAAAAUGGUAGAAAAGUAGUACUCUGAAAACUCAAUCUUUUAUAUGUUUCUAUUUUAAUCAUUUAGUAUUUGAAUUUUACUGGUCUGACU